AUGUCGAAGAGAGGAAGAGGUGGAGCAUCUGGCGCUAAGUUCAGGAUUUCUUUGGGUUUACCCGUUGGAGCGGUGAUCAACUGUGCGGAUAACACUGGAGCCAAAAAUCUGUAUAUUAUAGCCGUCUACGGAAUUAGAGGAAGGCUGAACAGGUUGCCGAGUGCUGGUGUGGGUGACAUGUUUGUUGCUUCAGUUAAGAAAGGGAAACCAGAAUUGCGUAAAAAAGUACUGCAAGCCGUGGUUAUUCGACAACGAAAACAUUAUCGUAGAAAAGAUGGCACAGUCAUUUAUUUUGAAGACAACGCUGGGGUUAUCGUGAACAAUAAGGGUGAAAUGAAAGGUUCAGCUAUUACUGGUCCAGUAGCUAAAGAGUGUGCAGAACUCUGGCCCCGUAUUGCAUCUAACGCUGGUUCAAUUGCAUGA